AUGGUUCAAUACUGUCAGUUGAUAUUUUUGCUGACAACUCUUACCACCCUCCACGUGUCAACCAACUCAGCGGCUACCCCACCGCCGCUACCAGCCACGGCGAGGGAGUUUCUGGAAACUCACAACCAAGCAAGAUCAUCCGUCGGCGUAGAACCCCUUACAUGGAGCGAGCAGCUAUCCAACAUUACCAACAAGCUCGUCCGCUAUCAACGAGACAAAAUGGCAUGUCAGUUUGCCAACUUAACAGCCGGAAAAUACGGCGCGAAUCAGCUCAUGUCACUUGGCGCGACGGUGACGCCACGCAUGGUGGUUGAAAAGUGGGUAAAAGAGAAGCAGUUCUAUAACCAUAGUGAUAACUCGUGUGCUCCGAAUCAUAGGUGUGGGGUUUAUACUCAAGUUGUUUGGAGGAAGUCGCUUCAACUUGGGUGCGCUCAAGCUAUGUGUGGUAAAGAUGGGAGUGGAACUAGUUUGAGUGUUUGUUUCUAUUCUCCACCUGGGAAUUAUGCUGGAGAGAGUCCUUAUUGA